AUGUGUCUAUCUGAUCUAUACAGCAGCAUGAUACUUGAACAGAAGUAUUUUAAUGAUAGUGCUAGGAUGUGUGAUGAAAUGCACGACAGGAUUGUGACAAUAAACAACUAUUUUUAUAUAGCCAGAAACACAGGCAAUAAAAUUAUUGGUUUGUUAAAAGCAGACUUACGUGAGAAUAGCAUGAUCACCGUAUAUGUAAUUGUAGUAGAAAGGGAAUAUAGGAGACAUGGAAUUGGUAAGAGUCUCUUUAAUAGACUAUUCAAUGAUAUUAAGCAUUUGAUACCUGUUACAGUUGAAUUGUAUGUGAAUCCUGUUAACAGUGCAAUAGAGUUUUACAAAAGGAUUGGCUUUAUCAAAGAGGGUGUUAUCCAUCACUUUUAUAAAUCAGGUGAAAGUGCAUUCAAAAUGCAACUUCGUUUAACCAAAUAG